AUGGCGUCACAAGAUCAGCAAGAUCAGCAAAUGGUGUUUCAAGCACGCCAGCGACAUCUACAAUUCCUGGCAAUCAAGAGGCAACAGCAGCCUCAAUCCCAACCAAUGGGACAACCAAUGGCCCCACAAUACCUUCCAAUUGUCGAGCCAAGCGAUCUGGGCGGGAUAGGCGCAAAGCCAAGUUAUAUCGUCUCCUUCGAAUCUGCUUGUCUCACGGGAUCAGUGUCUACCAUCCAAUCAGUCACCACCUCCAAGAAGCUCACUCCAGGUACGCUUCACAGAGGUCUACAAUAUACUCUACAUGCCGGCCAUGUAGAAGCUACAAGUCUUCUUCUCCAACUAGGCGCACCAAUUACACCUGAAACUCCUGAUAGCAUUCUCUUCGCGCCGAUGAAUCAACAAGUACCCCUCUUCGAUCUCCUAGGGCACCACGGUUGGGACCCCAAUACUGCAGAUCUAAAUGGCGCUCUCCUACUCCCUCGAGUCGCAGAUAACACCCAUUUGCUUAAAUGGUUUCUAGCCCACGGGGCAAAUCCCAAUCUAGACCCACGGUAUGGCCUCAAAGUCCUCGAAGCUGCCGCGGCGGGGGGGACCGUGGAAGCAGUACAAUUAUUGCUCGAUGCCGGCGCCCAUACGAGCAAUGGGGCACCAUUGUACUAUGCAGCGGGUGCCUGUCCACCAGGAGCGAAUCCGCACAUGGGAACUGUCCGUCCUAGUGCUGAUUUCGAUAACAAUCGAAUUCCAGUUAUGGAGCUACUUGUCGAGCGUGGAGCGGACGUAAAUGAGAAGCUUGAGACCCGACAUAUGGUCGCGGGCUAUCCCCUCGUGCAUGCAGUCAUGGCUGGGGCUGUCGGACGGGUUAAAUGGCUUUUGGAGCAUGGGGCGGAUGUGAGAUUGAAAGGGGCAUUUGGUAGUGCUGUUGACUAUGCGAAUACUAUGGGGAGUGAUGAGAUGAAGAGGAUUUUUAGGGAUGUAGUGGACAAUGACAAAUCUCAUUGA